GUUUCUCUCCAUCCCGCCUUCGUGGUACUUCAAAUCCAAGAUUUCCAGGAUGCCUUUCCAGACAUGGCUGACGGAGGAGGUUGGCGUUCGCAUUCCCAUCGUACAAGGCGGUAUGAUGUGGGUAGGCCGGGCGGAACUGAUAAGUGCUGUUGCCAACGCUGGAGCCCUUGGGUUUCUUACUGCCCUGACCCAACCGUCCCCAGAGGCCCUUCGUGAUGAAAUCCGGAAAUGUCGAAAGAUGACGAACGAACCCUUUGGGGUCAACAUAACGCUGCUGCCGUCCAUGAACAAACCAGACUAUCUAGCAUAUGCAAAGGUUGCAGUACAAGAAGGCAUCAGAGUAAUCGAGACCGCGGGAGACCCGAUGCCUAUUUUGGGUUUCCUCAAGGAAAAUAACGUCAAAAUCAUCCAUAAAUGCGUCACAUUGAAGCAUGCGCUCAGAGCAGAAAAGCUUGGGGUUAGUUGCAUCUCUAUUGACGGAAUCGAGUGUGCUGGCCAUGGGGGAGAGUACGACACACCAUCAUUGAUUCUCUUGUCCAGGUGUGCAGAGGAACUCAAGAUUCCAUACCUUGCGUCUGGGGGAUUUGGCAAUGGUCGGGGACUGGCCGCAGCUUUGGCACUUGGAGCUGCAGGAAUUAACAUGGGAACUCGAUGGAUGGCAACAGUAGAGGCACCAAUCCACUAUAAGGUCAAAGAAGCCAUCGUGGCUGCAUCGGAGAACGACACGGUUUUGGUGUUGCGAAAGUUCAGAAACACAACACGUUUGCACAAGAAUGCCGUUUCUUUGGAAGUUGCAGAGAUUGAGCGGACAAAGCUCGACGUUCAAUUCGAAGACGUGGCUCACCUCAUGUCUGGGGCUAGGGGGAAGAAUGUUUACGAAACAGGUGAUAUUGAUGCUGGCGUAUGGUCAUUAGGAUUAGUGGCAGGCCUGAUCCAUGACAUCCCAACAUGCAAGGAUCUGGCAGCCAAAAUUGAAUCAGAUGCAGAAAAAGUCCUCGCCACUACUUCAGCACUGAUGUCGAAGACCACAGAGAGCAAGUCUCUGAAGGCUUCGAGGCUUUAA